AUGGGCUCCGGCGUGACGGUGUUCCUGCCGACGCUGGGGUACAACACGUCGAACCAGGAGAUGAGCUUCACCGGCCGCGUCGGGAGCGUGGACGUGUCUGUCAAGAUGCCCCUCGCCGCCAACUCUUCGGUGCCCACCGUCCUGUCGAUGUCGUACGCAGCGGCCUCUGGCAGUGCCGGCGCCUCAUUCGGCGACGUCCUCGGCCAGGUGCCUCUCCUCGGCGGGCUCGUCCAGGAGUCUGGCGUCACGAGCAUCCUCGGCCCCUUCGACCUCCCCGACAUCCUGGUGACGUCCUUCAAGGUCAACUACGAGAGCGUCCCGGGGUCAACGGCUGACAUGUCGAUGAGCGGGUCCUUCCGCGCGGGCGGGCAGACCAUGUCGCUCACCUGGACCGGUCGCACGCUCGAGUCUGGCGCCGUGGUGACGGACACGUUCAGCGUCAGCGCAGCGCGCGACGGCUCCGUCUCGAUGAGCGUCACUGCCCAGGGGGUGUGCGGCAGCGGCGUCGGUGCUGGAUCGGGAACCUUCUCCCUGUCCCUCCAGGGUCUGCCCUACGGUCUGCCGGACUUCCCCACCCUCAACGGAGACGUCACGUUCACCUGCGACGGCCGCAAGGUGAAGGCGUGGACCGUCGAGGUGCCCCUCGGAUCCGCGACCGCGCCGGUCGACGUCCCCGUCCUGGGCCAGGUGACGCUAUCCGACAUCAAGGCCCGGUACGCGAGCAACAGCACCGACCUGCGCCUGAGCGCCGUGCUGUCGCCCCUGGAGAUCUCCAUCGAGGCCCCGCUGUCGGACUUCAAGAACGGGCUGCGAACGGCGAUCCGCAAGCCGCCGCACCUCCCGGCGAUCACGGCGCAGCAGGUCAUCCAGGUCAUCGGCCCGUCGGCCAACGCCCUGAUGAGCGGCGCGGGGCUGUCUGCGGCAGUCGCCGCGAUCAACGCGCCGGCGGGGCGGCGGCUCCAGCAGUCAGUGCCGGACGUGGCGUUCCGCGAGCUGACCGUCUUCUUCCCACAAGACGGCAGCAGCGUCGUCGUCGAGGCGGCGAUGGACGCACAGGGCCUCUCGGUCGACGUGACGACGACCUUCCUGGUCCAGGGCAACGACUUCAUCGUCCAGACCUUCGCCCUCUCCCUCGCGUACGCGGGCGUGGACUACCCGUGGUCGCUGCAGGUCAUCGGCUCCGGCGUCCCGUGCAGCCCGGGCGUGUCUGCUGGCGCGUUCGAGGUCUCGGCGGACUUCUCCUCGCUGCCGCACGGCCUCGGAGCCGUCGUUCCGACCAACGGGACGGCAAGCUUCACGUGCACGGGCGGGGACGUCACGGCGUGGAACGCGAAGAUGUUCUUCGAGGACGGGUUCCUGCCCGUGUCCGGCCUUGGGAUCCCACUCACUGGGCUCGGCGUCGGGGUGGGCGUCGCACCGGGCGCGCGCUCCGCGAGCGUGUUCGGGACGAUCGAGGGCGCGUUCUCCCUCGCGCUCGACCUGCCCGGCAGCACGGCGUCGACCGACAUCUUUCGGUUCACGUCGCUAUGGGACGCGAACCGCGGAAUCUCGAUGGGCACGCUGGUGGACAAACUCGGCAGGGACGGGUUCGGCGGGGCCAUCCGCGAUCUCGGCGUGUCCACCGUCGCCGCGGACCUGUCGACGGUCGUGGUGCGGAAGGUCAACAUCGACGCGUCCCCCCGGGGGUUCACGGCUCAGCUGGACUUCCAGGCACUGGACCUGUCGCUGGCCCUCGACAUGCGCACUGCGCAGACGGCGCCGGGGACGCACAUCCUGCAGGGGAUGUCGAUCGAGGUGUCGCACCCCAACAUGAUCGUUAAGUUCUCUGCGCUGGACCCCUGCGGCAGCCAGGACGUCACUGCGCCCGGCACCGCGACGUUCAGCGGCCUCCCGGAGCCGGUGACCGCCGUUGGACCGGUCGAGGCGACGGUGACUUUCACCUGCACGGGGACGACGGUGACGGACUACAAGGUCGUCGUGCCCGUUGGCGCGCAAAUGACGCUCGAUGCAGCCGGGACUCCCGUCACGGUCGGGGCGAAGGACCUGACCUUCUGGGCCAAGUCCAAGACCGUGCGGCUGUCGGCUCUGCUCCCGAGGGCCGACCUGCUGGACAAGCUCGAUGUCGGGCUGACGUACAUCAUCGGCGACACGCGAUCGGCGGGCGCGGUCGACAUCAUCGUGAUGAAGCCGGUCUCGCUCGGCGAUCUCAUGGACGCCGUCCCGACCAUGUCGGUGGUCUCGUCCUUCACGAGCGGCGUGAAUCUGCAGCAGCCGUUCUCGACGAUGGGCGAAGAGAUCCUGGCUCUCGCCGUCCAGAGCGGCAGGGUGCUCUUCGUGUCGCCCAAGGGCGUCGGGGAUGACCAGACAAAGGCAGGCAUGGUGUUUGCCGGUACCGUCCGCGUCUUCUCGCGCGACGUGGAGGGCUGGUUCGACAUCACGAAGGGCAGAGACGGAUCGUGGCAGGGCCUCGUGGCAGUUGCUGCGGAAGCCAUCGCGGGCCACGGCCCGCCCAUCAUCCAGCGCGUCCUGGACCUGUUCCCCCUGCGGGACACGUACGUCGGCGUCGCGACGGGCUCGGGCACGUUCCGGAAGUUCGACGCGAGGAACCCCGCAGCCCCCAUGGAGCUCCUGUCGUUCAUGGAGGCGUCGUCGGUGAUGGUGACGGGCAAACCGGACUUCGACCGCGGCCCGCUGAAGGAGAUCGUGGGCUCGGGGUCCGGCGCCAUCGGGCAGCAGGUCGCCGGCGGCGGCAGGGUGUACGUGUCGUUUUCGAGCGGAUCGUACGUCGUAGAAAUGGCGCUCCCCGCGGACAUCCAGAUCGGCCCCGCGCACGUGCGCUCGCUAUCGCUCGCCGUGAGCGGCGGCCAGACCGGCACGCCGACCGUCGGGUUCGGGGUCAGCAUGCGCAUCAGGCUGUCGGACGCCAACAUCGACUUUGCAGGCCAGAUGAGCCUGGAUCCGGCGACGUCGACCCUCGCGGGCCGCGUCCUGCUCACCACGGCUCAGGGCUGGAACGACCCGAUGGGCAUCUCGUCGGAGCUGACCAUCCGGACCUUCGGCGUGGACCUCAGGAUGAACGUCGCCACGAACCAGAUUCUGCGCUUCCGGGGCGACGCCUCGGGCGACUGGGGCGUGCGGUCCUUCCGCAACCCCACGCAGGUGUCCGUGGCAUACGCUACAGACAUCGAGUUCCCGACGAAGACUGCGUUCUACGUGGAGGCGACCGACAUCGACUUGUACCGCGCCGUCAAGCCCAUCUUCACCUCCCUGGGCGGCAGGGUCCCCUCCGCGGCGGGGACGCUGCUCAAGUCCGUCAGCAUGUCGAGGUACAUGCUGUCGUACAAUCCGAGCAUCUUCAGCGUGCGAACGCCGAAUCGUCUCAUCCCCGCUGGCGUCAACUUCGACGCGAGGAACGUGAGGGUGUUCGGGCAGGCCAUCGGAUCGGCGUACUUCACGACCACCGUGGGCUUGCGGCCGCGGAUGUCGGGGCGGAUCGACAUGGCUCCGCUCGUCGUCGGCAACGUCUUCAAGGUGUACCGCAGCCGCGGCAACACCAGGAGCGGGCCGCGGUGCACGCUCGACUUCCAGGCAGGCAGAAACCCCGAGCUGUCGUGCUCGGGCCACACCAGCAUCGCCGGCGUCUCCGGCGACGUCACCGUCCUCGCCAAGGGCUCCAGCUGGACCUACUCCAUGAGGCUCGUCCUCGCCUUCGGCAGCCGCCGCCAGCGCGCGGUGCUUGCCCUGCCCGGCGACGGCGGCGUAGCUGGUGACGCACACGCUCUCGUGCCGGCUGUCCCCGAGGACGCGGGCGGGGAGGGAGACUUCGAGGUUGCGGGCUACGACUGGGCCUCGGAGCAGCAGAGCUACAAGUGGACGCCCGAGGAGCUCGAGGAGCUGUACUCCAUCGCUCGUGGCGACGACUUGAUGCAGGAGGCCUCGCGAGGACGCGGUCUGAAGCGUCUGAGGGUGUCGGGCAACUUCUGGCGCAAGGUCGACACGCUGAACUCGAGGGUCAGUUCGAGUCGCAGAUACAGCCGCAGCCCGCGCAACAACAUCUACCUGGACAUGACGGCGUCGAUCAGCGACCUCAGCCCGCGCGCCGUCACGGGAGGCCGCGUCACGGUCUCCUACAGCUUCUUCGUCUCCGCGUCCUCCGGCCAGGGCAGGGGGCUCGUCAACGCGAUCGUGAACGGGCUCGCGGACCAGCUCAUCCGAUACGUCGAGCAGAUCAAGAGACACGCGAUCGCUGCAGCCAGACAGGCGGUGAGCGUGGCGCUGCGACCCCUGAAGAGCGCGCUGAGGUCGGCCGAGAGGGGUCUCGCUUACGCGCGCAGGAGGCUCUUUUCGGUGACCAGGUGGAUGCGGCAGAGGGUCAACCGCCUCAGGAGGUCUGAGAACAGAGCUCGGAGGAAGUAUCGCCGGUAUAGGCGCAAGUGCUCGUGGUACAAACCGUGGCAUUGUACGAGCAAGGCCUGGUGGUGGAUGAAGUGGAAGGCCAUCAAGGGCCUGCGAUGGGCAGCGAAUCGAGCACUCAGGCUUGCAGAGUACGGGCUGAAGAGAGCGAUCAACGCGGCCAGAUGGGUCGUCAACAGAGCCAGGUCUGCACUUAGAAGGAUGCAGCAGGCCUGCAACCGAUUCAUUUCGUCGACGCUGAACGCCGCCGCGGGUGGGGUGAAUCAGAUCAUCAACGCGGCGAGGAGCGGGGGCGAUGCUGUCCGGAGGCUGUUCAACGUCGACUGGUUGAGGGCAACGGCAACGACAAGCGGCGCGCUCACGGGACGGGUCGACGCGGAGGUUCGCGUCAACCCGUUCUCGCAGGGGUGGAAGACGCGCAGGUUCUCGUGCAGGUUGGAACUUCUCGACCUGUCGACCUGCAUCUUCACCUUGUACGCCCGGGAAGUAGGCCAGUGGUUCACUCGACUGCUGCCCUUCAAGUCCGCCCGUUCUCGGCAGCUCCUGAGCGCGCCCGAGGGCCUGACGUUCGAAGAGGAGAUGGCGUUCCUCGAGCUCCAGUACCGCGGUCUCCUCGCCCUUGACGCCAGCGAGGAGGUGUCCAUCACGGACUGGGCGCAGACGUGGCCCGGGCAAGACGCGGCGCUCCGCUUGUCCCGGCCCUCGCGCGCGCUGCUACAGGCCGCUGUCGCGGCCAACCUGACCGUGACCGACGAGGACAUCGACGGCGAGGAGGUGUCGGUGUCCAACGUUCCCGGCGUCACUGCUGUCGAGGAGGAGCCGCUCCCGGCGGAUCACGAGCAGUUCCUCGCCGCCGGCAACGACACGGAUAUCCAAGUCGAGCCCCUUGAGAAGGAGGCCUUGGACAAGGCGAACAAUCCGACGGCGGUGUUCAGCGACGCAACGAAGAGCCUGGAGGAGCAGGGAACGAGGGGGCCGAACGGCACCGUGGAGCCGCCGUCGCCCGCGGUCCUGCGCGUGCAGGCGCAGAAGCAGUUGAGCAUCCGCGUCAUCCUCGAGAUCUCGGCGCUGAACACCACGGCGGUGCAGCAGGAGCAAAAGCAGGUCUUCGGCGAAGAGGCACGAUUGCCCGGCAACCUCGACGACGUGAAUGGCACGCAGGUCGACGGCGCGACCUCUCCGCCUCCGCCGGCCGCGACCACGUCCCCCGCGAGCGGCGAACGUCGAGGACGCCGCCUCAGGGUUGCGGACUUCCGGCGCCGACUCGAGGAGGCCAAGGUCGACGCCGCGGGGCAGGUGACCAACGCCGUGGCGGCCCUUCUGAAGGGCUCCGUCAACGGCACGGAGCCCGAGGUGAUCGACCCGGACCUGGACUGGACCCCGGCCGGCUGGAUGUCCAACAUGACGCUCACGGUGACGAGCCGGAUGCUCUCGUGGCGCGAGAUCAAGGUCACCGACCCGGACGCGGCGUUCGUCAGGAUCGAUAUCAAGAACGUCAUCGAGAGCGAGAGCGACCACUACAUGAAGCUGCUGUCGAAGCCUGACGCCAAGGAGAAGAUGACGGCGUGGCUCAUGGGGCUGGUCCCGAAGACCGACGUCGCGGCCGAGCUGCAGAGCAUUCGCGUGCUGGCGGAAGGCUCGGACCUGAUCGUCAACGAGGACUGCCCCGCGGACCGCGUCAACGCGCCCUCGGAGGUGUACUUCCAGUGGGACCCGCUGCCGUGGGGGCCCUGCAACGCCACGUGCGGCUCUGGGACGAAGCAGACGCGGGGUAUCUCGUGCUCGAUCAUGGUGUACGUCGAGGAGGUCGGGGGCCACGUGCGCCUCAGGGAAGCUGAAGAAGAGGCAUCGUGCUACGGUCUGCCCGUCACCUUCGCCAGGGAGCGGCUCUGCCAGCUCCCACCGUGCGAGGACGCGACGCUGACUCCGUCCGGCGACUUCACCGAGUGCACGCGGCCGUGUGGCGGCGGCACCCAGACGGCCAUCAUGAAAUGCCGCACCACGCUGGGCAGGGAGCUUCCGCUCGCGGACUGCGACUUCAGCUACGCGCUGAACGCGACGACGCAGCCUUGCAACACGGAGAGCUGCCCGCCAUUCGUUUACAUGGGGGGCCCGUGGGGCCUGUGCUCGCAGGCGUGCGGCGGGGGAAUGCAGCGGCGGGCGGCAACAUGCUACGAGACCGCUGGCUUCACGCCGGCGGCCGGGGGCGCCGCGGCGUGUGGCGGUGCGCCGCAGAUCGAGCUGGAGCGGCCAUGCAACGUGCAGGCCUGCGCAACCGCCCGGUGGAUGGUCGGACCGUGGGGGGAGUGCGACCGCAACUGCACGUCGUUCCUGCCCGCCGCGUUCGGCGGCAAGAAGCAGCAGGGCUCGCACUCCCGCGAGGUCUGGUGCGCGGACCCCGACGGAUCGCGGGUGAGCGAGACGCGCUGCGUCGGCGCCCGCCCGAGCACCGAGGAGCCUUGCAACCUGCAGCUGUGCGUGGGCGAGUCCUACUGCACCGAGGUCAAGUGCCAGAACGACGGGGUGUGCAGAGACGCCGACAACGAGCGCGGCUGGGAGUGCGAGUGCCCAGCGGACGAGGAUGGCGAGCUCCUGUGGAAGGGCCCGCAGUGCGAGACGCCCGCGUCGUGCAACGGGACGAUCGCCAGCCAGGCCGACGGGACGACGUUCUGCUGCGAGUCGGGACGGCUCACGCCGACGGGUGGGUGCUGCCCCGUGGGCAACGACGCCGUGGAUCGCAACGGCGACUGCUGCCCGGCCGGCUCACUGGACGGCUGCAACGUCUGCUUCGGAACCGGCACUGGGUUCGACGACUUCGGCACGUGCUGCGCCGCGGGCAAGGGGAGCGACGGGCGCUGCUGCCCUGCUGGCACAGCGCCUGACGAGUGCGGCGUGUGCGGUGGGCGCAACCUUUUGUGCGACCUGGAGGUGCCGGUGGUUCUCAAGAUCUCCGAAUCCGUCAUCUCGAACGACUUGCCGUCGCUGCUGAGUGCGACGACCGGCUGGGUGGCCGGCGUCCUGGAAGUGCGGCCCGCGCGCGUCACGACGAAGGCGGGCACGGAGGUGCGGAACACCGCGGAGCAGACUCUGUCGGUCACGCUCAUCCUCAGGCACCCGACCCAGAACGGCGACGCAGCCCUGUCCUCGCCAGGCGCGCACGCGGCGCUCAGGGCGGCCGGGAACACGAUUUCGGCGACGUUCCGCCGCGUCGCACGAUCCCGCCGCGCUUUGCGUGGCAGCGGUGAGGACGAUGGCGUGGACGAACAGCUCGUCAUGCUGGAGCCAGGGGCAGCUGCUGCCUGGGGCGACCGUCUCCUGGGCUUCCUGAACCCGCGGAGCCUCGUUUCGGUCCAGGUAGCGGCAGCAGCCGUGAUCGGUGAUGUCGGCACCUUGACGUCGUGCGGGAACGGCGUGUGCGACUCCUCUGCGGAGCGCCUCGUGAUCUCCACAGACGGGGUCAUCGGAGGGUGUGCGUGGGAGCCGUCCUUCGGGGCCGGCGUCGGCCUCGACUGCCCACAGCCGGUCUACGCCUGCCCGAGCCCAUCGUGGGCCCCUUCGCAGCCCUGCGGGGCGAAGGGCACGUGCGUCGGCUUCCCCGACGCCGGCGUCACGCUGCGCGCCGGCGAGCCGGAGGAGAUGCGCCACAAGGCAGUGUGCGCGUGUCAGGGUCCCUUCGUCGGGCCGGCGUGCGGGUCGUGCGCCGACGGGUACACGGAGAUUGCUGGCAGCCGCGACAACGGCAACCUGCUGUGCACCCCCCUGGAGGAGACGCUGUUCACGGUGACGAACGCCACGGAGCCAGGACCGGACUACACGGACCUGGCGCCGGGCGCGCAAGCGUUCGUCGUGUGGAUCCUGGUCACCGCGAUGAUCGCCGUGCCCGUCUUCUGCUUCUUCGCCAUGUGGGGGCUGUCGGUCCAGUCCCUGUCCUGGUGCCAGCGGUACAUGGCCCAGCACGCAAAGAUCUUCGUGCGCCAACCGACCACCAAGAAGGGAUCGAGCGAUGGCGGCAAGGCGUCGCCGCGCAAGGGCCCGUCGACUCGAACCGGUUUCGUGGUCUCGAACUCCCGUCUGCAUGCUCCGGACCUGAUAUGGGCGCGACUGACGUACAACGUCGCGAAGGGCGCCUCGAAGAAGACCGUGUUGGACGACACGUAUGGGUACAUUCCGGCCGGAUCGCUGGCGGCGCUGAUGGGUCCGUCCGGCGCGGGGAAGACGCAGCUGCUCCGUGCGCUGUGCGGGCACACUACGAAGGGCGAGCUCACGGGCACGCGCCUGUACUUCCGCCAGUCCGCCACCCUCAGCGAGCCGUCGCAGUACCUGCCCGACACGUGGCUCCGGUCCAACUGCAAGUUCGUGUCGCAGGGCGACGGCAUGCUGCUCGACAAUCUCACGGCGCUGGAGACGCUGCUGUACUACGCCGACAUCGCCCUGCCCAAGCAGAUGCCGCGCGAGAAGCGCAUGGAGCGCGUGCGUCGCGUGCUGGCCGACGUCGGCCUGACGGACCACGCGGACGUGCCCGUGCGCCACGACGAGAGCGCUCGCGGGGCCGGCGGACUGUCCGGCGGCCAGAUGCGCCGUCUGUCGCUCGCAGUGGCGCUGCUCUGCGACCCGCCCAUGCUCUUCUGCGACGAGCCCACGAGCGGCCUCGACGCCACGUCUGCCCUGGACGUCUGCAUGCUCCUCAAGGACCUGACGCUGGCGCAGGACCGCACCAUCAUCGUGUCGAUCCACCAGCCGCGCGAGGACAUCUUCUCGCUGUUUGACCAGUGCGUGCUCAUGGGCGGCGGCGGGCAGACGGUGUACUGCGGGCCCAGCGUCGAGGCCGUGACGGACCUCCGCGACAUGCUGAUGGAGGCCACCGACGACGACAAGAGCUGGCAGCGGCUGUCGCAGAAGCUCAGCAUGGCCGACUUCUUGAUGGACGCCAUGAACGACUCGUCGAUCCUCGGCGUCUGGCGCCGGCACCGCCACGCAACGAGCGUCCGGCAGUCCAUCUGCGACAUCGCAGAGACGCACCUCCUCGCGAGCAGGUCGCUCGCCGCCAAGGCCGGGAAGCAAGCGGGCGACGACGCUGCAAGUCCGCGGUCGGGAGUGCACAGCAGCGGGACGCUGGCGAACCUCAGGGUGCAGGUCGGGCGCUUCAUGGCCUCGCGCUCGCUGGCGGUGCAGCUCAGUCUGACGCUGAACGGCGCCGUCAUGGGCCUGCUGCUCGGCCUGCUGUACCUGCGGCUGGGCACGUCCGACGCGCAGGAGCUCACGUACCGCCUGAACGUGUCGUUCUUCCUCACGCUGAGCAUGGGCUUCGGGCUGCUCGUGCAGCACACUUCGCUGUUCCUGCCCGCGGAGAUGGCCCGCGACCGCCUGGAGCGCUCCACGCUGGGGCUGCCGUGGCACUCCCUGCAGUCCUUCCUCGCCGUGCGCGACCCGACGAUGACGCUCGGCGCCAGCAUCGUCGCCCACGGGAUCACGUACGCGCUGGCGGGCUUCCAGCCUGCGUUCCGCGCGUACUGCAUGUCGCUGCUGGCGUUCUACUUGGGCAUGCUUGCCAUCCAGAGCGCCUACGUCCUCAUGUACGGGCUGCUCGGGGCGGAGUGGGCGCUCGUGGCGUGCGGCUCCUUCAUCGGCAUCAACGGCCUGUUCUCGGGCGUCCUGCGCGCCAUCCCGGACAUGCCCGCCUUCCUCGGCGAGUGGCUGCCGUACGUCACGCCCCUCCUCUGGGCCAUGCGUGCGGUCGCGGCGGCCGAGCUGCGCGGCCUCGAGACGGACGCGUGCAACCGGCCCACGCCGGAGAUGAACACGCUGAUCCAGGCCGUCGUCAACAACGACCAGAGCGUGUUGCGCGCGGAGCCGUGCAUCAAGGGCGAGGACAUCCUCGAGCGCGCCGGCUACGGCGGCACGGACGUGUUCGAGUGCUUCGGGAUCCUGGCUAGCUGGAUCGUGAUUGCCAGGCUGCUGUUCCUGGGCUUGACGUACUGGCGCAGCAGGGUGGUUGCGCGCACCGACCUCAACUCGCAGGUCGUCGUCCUGGAAGGCGGCGAGGACACGCCGGCGGAGGAGGCCGCGAAGACGAUACAGUACUACUUCCGCAUGCGCAAGCUGCGACAGACGGUCCACGAGUUCACCGGACGGUACGAGGCCGUGGCCAGGCUGCACAGGGCCAAGGCGGGCUUCUACCGCAAGGCUUUCGCGAAGAAGCGCGCCGUCGGGGCAGCACGGGCGUUCGCGCGCAGCAGGGCCACGAGCAGGGCCACGAGCGCGGCGCCGAGCCCGCGCCGCUCGCUGGCCAUGGGCGAGGACACAGAUGGCGCAGUCUCGGAGCACCACAUCCAGGUCACGAACAACUUGGCAGCGGGACUGUCGUCGAUGCAGCAGCGACGUGUAGGGUUCGCACCCGACGCCGACGAGGACGAAAGCCCCGCGGACUCGGGGUUGCUGCAAGUGCCGGGCCGGCUGGCGAUGGCGGCGCAGGCCGCUGUGGGGCGCGCCAUCUUCGGCAGGAUGCCUGCGCCGUCGCGGCUUGCGAACGCCACCACGUCCGAGUACGAUUCCCCGCUCGGAUCCGUCGCCCAUUCGGCCCGCGAGGAGGCUUGA